GCUUUUCCGCAGAGAAAUUCAUACCAUUCUCUCCGUUUAGUCUAAUGGCGGCCCCCAUCGAUAACCGCCAGUGCACACAACGGGAGCCCACUUUAAAUGACAUCGUACCGCCCUUGAAGCCUGACCCAACUCCUACACGCCGCCCGGACUCUCCAGCCAGAUCCCGCACCACCAAGCCCGUCGUCCUCCUCCACCACGACGAUGACGGUUCUUCCAUCGAAGACGAGGAAAAUGAGAAUUUUUGCAAAGAGUUGGCUGUUAAAUCUAAAGACGAAGUCGAGCCGUCUAUCUUGGACCCCAGAGACGAAUCUACCCCCGAUAGCUGGAUCAAGCGCAACUCCUCCAUGAUCCGUCUCACGGGGAAGCACCCUUUCAACUCCGAGCCACCGCUCAAUCGCCUCAUGCAUCACGGUUUCAUCACCCCGGUACCGCUUCACUACGUGCGCAACCACGGCACUGUUCCUAAGGGAUCGUGGGACGAAUGGGCCGUAGAAGUCACGGGUCUAGUGAAGCGGCCCACAGUUUUCACCAUGGACCAGCUGGUGAAUGAGUUCCCCAGCCGCGAGUUCCUCGCGACGCUAGUGUGCGCCGGUAACAGACGAAAGGAACAAAACAUGGUGAAACAGACAAUAGGAUUCAACUGGGGCGCCGCAGCAAUAUCAACAACCGUGUGGAAGGGCGUCAUGUUGCGGAGCGUACUGAAACGAUGCGGAGUUGUUAGCCGGAAAAAGGGAGCCCUGAAUGUGUGCUUUGAAGGGGCAGAGGAUCUGCCCGGCGGGGGUGGGUCCAAGUACGGAACAAGUAUAAAGAAUGAGUUUGCCAUGGACCCAUCCCGGGAUAUAAUCCUGGCGUACAUGCAAAACGGAGAGCUUCUAACACCGGAUCAUGGGUUCCCUGUAAGGAUGAUCAUUCCAGGGUUCAUUGGUGGGCGUAUGGUGAAAUGGCUAAAGAGAAUUAUAGUUACAACACAAGAGUCAGACAAUUACUACCACUAUAAGGAUAACAGAGUUCUCCCCUCUCACGUUGAUGCCGAGCUUGCAAACGCUGAAGCAUGGUGGUAUAAGCCGGAGUUCAUCAUCAAUGAGCUGAACAUCAACUCGGUGAUAACGACACCGUGCCACGAAGAAAUCUUGCCAAUCAACUCCUGGACCACCCAGAGGCCAUACACGUUGAAGGGCUACGCGUAUUCCGGUGGUGGGAAGAAAGUGACACGGGUGGAGGUGACGAUUGAUGGUGGAGAGACAUGGCGAGUAUGCUGUUUGGACCACCCGGAGAAGCCCAACAAGUAUGGCAAAUACUGGUGCUGGUGCUUCUGGUCACUUGAGGUGGAGGUGCUGGACCUGCUCGGAACCAAGGAGAUUGCUGUUCGAGCCUGGGAUGAGACCCUCAAUACCCAGCCCGAAAAGCUUAUUUGGAAUGUCAUGGGAAUGAUGAACAACUGCUGGUUCCGAGUGAAAACAAGCGUUUGCAGGCCACACAAGGGAGAAAUCGGAAUCAUCUUCGAGCACCCAACUAUUCCGGGCAACCAAUCCGGAGGAUGGAUGGCCAAGGAAAAACACCUGGAGAAAUCAUCCGACGCCAACCAAACUUUGAAAAAGAGCGUUUCGUCUCCGUUCAUGAACCCUUCCACAAAAACAUUCCCCAUGUCCGAAGUCGAGAAACACAACUCCGCUGACUCCGCCUGGAUUAUUGUCCACGGUCACAUCUACGAUUGCACCCAUUUCCUUAAGGACCAUCCCGGUGGCACUGAUAGCAUCUUAAUCAACGCAGGUAGUGACUGCACCGAAGAAUUUGAUGCCAUCCACUCUGAUAAAGCCAAGAAAUUGCUCGAGGACUAUCGAAUUGGGGAAUUGAUCACCACAGGUUCUGGCUAUACUUCAGACUCGUCCUCCCCCAAUAAUUCGGUUCACGGCGCUGUCAAUACCACGCACUUAGCCCCUAUCAAAGAAGUUGUUCCUGCGAAGCAAGUAAUUAUGCCGACGAGACAUGGAGCACUUGUUCAACGGGAGAAACUACCAUGCAAGCUAAUUGUCAAAACAUCAUUGUCACAUGAUGUGAGAUUAUUUAGAUUCGCAUUGCCAUUGGAGGAUCAAGUACUGGGGCUACAAGUGGGGAAGCACAUACUCUUGUGUGCGUCCAUUGAUGGAAAACUGUGUAUGCGAGCUUACACGCCGACAAGUAGCAUUGAUGAAGUGGGGCACUUUGAUCUAGUGGUGAAGAUUUAUUUCAAGGGAGUACACCCCAAGUUUCCAAAUGGCGGGCUCAUGUCACAAUAUUUGGACUCGCUCCCGCUAGCGUCGGUGCUGGACGUGAAGGGUCCACUGGGUCACAUCGAGUACAAGGGUCGUGGAAAUUUCUUAGUCCAUGGCAAACCGAAGUUUGCUAAGAAGCUGGCAAUGCUGGCUGGUGGGACAGGGAUCACACCCAUUUACCAAGUCGUUCAAGCAAUUCUCAAGGAUCCAGAGGAUGAAACAGAGAUGUACGUGGUCUAUGCCAACCAUACAGAAGAUGAUAUUUUGCUGAGGGAAGAGUUGGAUGGUUGGGCUAAAAUGCAUGAGAGGUUGAAGGUGUGGUAUGUGAUUAGUAAGCCCAUCAGGGAAGGUUGGCAGUAUAGUGUGGGGUUAAUCAAUGAGAGCAUUAUGAGAGAGCACCUUCCGCCAGGAUCAGACGAUACUCUUGCUUUGGCUUGUGGACCGCCGCCAAUGAUACAGUUUGCAGUGCAACCCAAUUUGGAGAAGCUGAACUAUGAUGUCAAGAAUAACCUGUUGAUCUUCUGAGAGGAUGAGAUAACUAGAGAUGUUAGAGUUUGAGAUAACUAGAGAUGCAAGGUUGUAAAUAUAUAAUAUCUAUCCUUCGUUUGAAAAAAGAAAUUAUUAAUUGAGAU